AUGUGUGUCCUCCACGCCAUCCCCUACACGUGUGUCCUCACGCCCAUCACCCUACACGUGUGUCCUCACGCCAUCACCCUACACGUGUGUCCUCACGGCAUCCCCCUACAUGUGUGUCCUCACGCCAUCCCCUACCACGUGUGUCCUCACGCCAUCCCCCUACAUGUGUGUCCUCACGCCCAUUCCCCUACACGUGUGUCCUCACGCCAUCACCCUACACGUGUGUCCUCAUGCCAACCCCCUACACGUGUGUCCUCCGCCCAUCCCCCUACAUGUGUGUCCGUACGCAUCCUUACACGUGUGUCCCUCACGCCUCACCCUGCGCACGUGUGUCCUCACGCCAUCACCCUGCACGUGUGUCCUCACGCCAUCACCCUACACGUGUGUCUGUGCUUCAUCACCUGCAGUGUCCUCACGCCCAUCCCCCUACACGCCUUCCUCCACGCCAUCACCCUACUGCACGUGUGUCCGUACGCCAUCACCCUACACGUGUGUCCUCACGCCAUCACCCUACACGUGUGUCCUCACGGCAUCACCUACACGUGUGUCCUCACAUCCCCCUACAUGUGUGUCCUCCACGCCAUCCCCCUACACGUGUGUCCUCAUGCCAUCACCCUACAUGUGUCCUCACGCCAUCACCCUACACGUGUGUCCGUACGCCAUCACCCUACACGUGUGUCCUCACGCCCAUCACCCUACCGUGUGUCCUCAUGCCAACCCCCUACAUGUGUCCUCACGCCAUCACCCUACACGUGGUGUCCUCACGCCAUCACCCUACACGUGUGUCCUCACGCCCAUCCCCCUACAUGUGUGUCCUCACGCCUCAUCACCCUACACGUGUGUCCUCACGCCCAUCCCCCCUACAUGUGUCCCUCCGCCAUCCCCUACACGUGUGUCCCUACGCCAUCCCCCUACACGUGUGUCCGUACCGCCUAUCACACUACACGGUGUCUGCACGCCAUCACCCUACACGUGUCUGUACGCCCAUCACCCUACACGUGUGUCCUCACGCCCAUCCCCCCUACACGUGUGUCCUCACGCCAUCCCCCUACACGUGUGUCCGUACGCCAUCACCCUAUACGUGUGUCCUCACGCCAUCCCCCCUACAUGUGUCCUCACGCCAUCCCCUACACGUGUGUCCUCACGCCAUCCCCUACACGUGUGUCCUCACGCCAUCACCCUACACGUGUCCUCACGCCAUCCCCCUACACGUGUGUCCUCACGCCAUCCCCCUACAUGUGUGUCCUCAUGCCAUCACCCUACACGUGUAUCCCUCCACGCCAUCCCCUACAUGUGUGUCCGUACGCCAUCCCCCUACACGUGUGUCCUCACGCCAUCACCCUACACGUGUGUCCUCACGCCAUCACCCUACACGUGAGUCCUCACGCCCAUCACCCUACACGUGUGUCCUCACGCCAUCACCCUACACGUGUGUCUGUACGCCAUCACCUACUGCGUGUCCUCACGCCAUCACCCUACCGUGUGUCCUCACGCCAUCACCCUACACGUGUGUCUGUACGCCCAUCACCCUACACGUGUGUCCUCACGCCAUCCCCCUACACAUGUGUCCUCACGCCAUCACCCUACACGUGUGUCCGUUACGCUAUCACCCUACACGUGUGUCCUCACGCCAUCACCCUACACGUGUGUCCCCACGGCAUCACCCUACACGUGUGUCCUCACGGCAUCCCCCUACAUGUUAUGUGUCCUCACGCCAUCCCCCUACACGUGUGUCCUCAUGCCAUCACCCUACAUGUGUGUCCUCACGCCAUCACCCUACACGUGUCC